AUGAAAUUAGCCAUGGCUCCUUAUCGUCGAAGAAGUUCAAAAAAUCUAUAAGAAUUACCUCCAAAUAUAGAGCUUGAAAGAUAACAUUCAAACGGUAGUUUAAGGAUUGAUCCUGGACCUAUUGACAUUGAAGUUAGACAAUAAAACACAAAAGUAAAAUGUUCUUAAUUAUAGGUCUUAGAUUGGAUUGUAUUAAUCACUCCUUUGUGUUAUACACUUGUGAUAUUAUUUUUAAUAUCAUUCAUUCAUAUCACUACUCCAUAGAUUUAAUAUCCAUAGACAGCCCAUAAUAUAUUAUAAAAGGCUCAUAAAAUCUAAUCUAUGUAUCCCAUAAUAGAUAUUAUUGAGUAUUCUCAAUAUUCUUAUCAUAUUAUGGGAUGUCCUCCAGAAUUUGAAUUAGCAACUUUAGGUAUUUGGGAAGGAAUACAAAAUGGUUAAGUUUGUGAUAAAUAAAACUAAAAUUGUGAAUAAGUUUAAAGUUUAGAACCAUAAACAUUAACAUUUUGGAAAUAAAAAAUCUAUUGCAUUAAAUAUGAUAAAACAGCGUAAUUGCGAAAUGGAAAUCAAUGUUAGAAAUUAUAUAAAGAGUGCAGUUAAUACAUUUGUGUUAAAUAAUAAUUUGAAUGUCCAAUCACUGAUUUAUAAACAAUCCAUCAGUAAGGAGAUAUUCAAUUUGGUAAAAUAUAAUAUAAGAUAAUAAGAGAUAAUCAACAAACUCCUUUGCUCUAUUUUAAUAUUUCUUCAUCAUCCACUUGUUUAAAUUUCCUAUAAUAACCUUAAUUUAAAUCAUAAUAAUUUUACCCUAUAUCCAAAUUACCUGAAAUGGGUUGUGAUGAAUAUGGUGAUUAUAAUAAUAUAACCAAAUUAUUAGAUUCUGCAUUUGUUAAGGAUGUAUUAAAGGAAAAUAAAAUUCCAUUAGAUAAACUUAUUCAUUUUGACGAUUAUUUAUAAAAUUCUGAUUAAUACUAAUUGUAAGUUUUGAGAGGUAUUAAAUUAAAUGAGAUUGAUUAAUGCAAGAAUCUAAAUUCUGAUAUCUUUUAUGACUCUAGUAAGAAGAGCUUUAGAAUUACAAAGAUUAUGAGAAGAAAUAAUCUUCCAUUAAUUAUUGGAUGUAUUACUCUUAUUCUAUUUUCAAUUUUAACCAUUAAAUUUCAUAAUAAUGUAUAAAAGUUGUUUUAUUAUAGAAAUAUUUAUCAUUUAUAAAUAAGAGAAUCACCAUAAUAGUAAAUCUUUGGACAUUAAUCAUUGUGAUCGUAACAUUGAUUUAUACUUCAUUAUUUUUAUACGAUGUUUUAGCAUCAGUAAGAAAUCUUCAUAUGAUUAGAAUGGAUUGUAGCAAAUAAAUGAUAAUUUAGAUGCUUUUAUCUCAAAUUAGUGUAUAAAUAUAGAAGGAAUACUCAUUGCUUUAGAUAGAAUACAUUAGUAUUCCUUCAAAAUUUACAAUUCUAAUUUAAGUUUAAUCUAUGCUGCAUUUGUAGGAUCAAUUAUUUAUUUAGUUAUUUAAUUCUUCUUAUAUAUUAUUUAAUAUAUUUCAAGUAACACUCAAGAAAUAUGUCAAAAUCCUUGGAACAGUAGAAUUAAUUAUGAAAUUAGAUAUUGA